CUUAUCGGGCAGAACGAAAAAAAUUAAGGGUGUCAAAUCCCAUCCUGUAUCUCGGCAUCGAAGACCUUUCCCGCUCGAUAAUGAUGAUCGCGCGACGAUGAUAAGGAUUCUUUUACGUUGAAUAAUCGCGCGCCCCUGUGUGUGUGUAUACACAUACAGCAUAUAUGCUCGAUAUCUUUCGAUAUUUCAUUGGACAGUAGAGAGGAACGGCGAGAGAAAGCUGUCUCGAUCUUUUCUUCCUCUGAGCUAAAUCUGUUAAAUUGCGAAGAACUCCAAGCUUGACAUCGGUCAAUGUCGGUGCAGUAACGAAGAAAAGGGAGAAAAGUAGGGAAGAGUUGGGCGAAAAGACCGGAGUUAAAAAGAGAAAGGCAGGGACCUUUGUAAAAAAAAGAGAAAGAGAGACCCUUAUAAAAUAAAAAAAAGUAGGAUCAUUGACGUGCGAGUAAAGUGGCGUCAGGGAGCCGGAUUAUAUACGCGCGCGCACAUAUGUAAAACAAAGAAGGUGCUAUACAGGGCCUCGCGUCUAAAGAAAAAAUUUUUCUUUUAACAUUUAAAAUUCUUCCGAGAAGAAAGCGACAUUUAUGUUACAAUUUGUAGGCCGCGAUGGAUCUACAUUCACCACUGGUUCUCCGCUCCUGCUCGCCGUUAUUGCACCUUUUCGUCCGUAAGUGCGAGACGCGAUAGGAGUCGUCGUCGUCGUCGUCGUCGUCAUCGUCAUCAUCGUCGUCGUCGCAAUGCUCGUGGGAGUGUAGAGGAGAAAGAGGACGGGAGCAAGAGGGGCGAGCAGGAGAAAGGGCGCACGCGCGAGAGCGAGCGAGCGAGCGAGAGAGGAAGAUAGGUGACCGGAGGGAAGCGAGAGAGAGGGAAAGGGAAAGUGAGUGCGAGAGUGGUAGAGGGGAGAGGAGCGAGGCGAAAGAUCCGCGGAUGCGGCGGGGUGUCUGCACCCGUGCGUGAAUCACGCUUCAGAAACGCUCUCACUCUCUCUCUUUCUCUCUCUCCUCUCGCACUCGCCGUCGUCCUCGAGUGCGCCCCGUGCUCUCGCCGCGACAUUGACCCGUGUGUGCUGUGUGCUCUCGCCGCCGGACGCCACCACUGAACGGACAGCCAAGCAGCAGCAGCAGCGGCGGCGGUAGCCACCCCGAUCGAGCGCAAGGGACAACGGCGGCUAGCAGCCAGCGGCGUCUCUCAGCGCCGAUCGAGGAGAGAGAUCGACACCCACGAGGAAGCCACCGGAGUUGCUCCGAUCCUCUCCCUGAUCCUUCCCCCCCGGAUUUACCAUGACUCGGCCCGCGCGGGUUUCGCAGCCGGUACCCGGUAUUCUGUGAUGAAGGUCGUCCUCGCGGCGCGGUGAGAGGACCUCCACCUGCGGCUCUCUUCACCUGCCGGGUGUGCCGUCCGAGGAAUCUCGCGGCUCUACGAACGAGACUCUCGGCAGCGACGUUGUCGUCAUUGUCGUCGUCAUCGUCGUCGACAGAGAUCAGUUUCUUCCGGGAGGUAUCUGCGGUGCCGAAAGUGAAAGCCGUGAGGGAACGACGAGAGGCACGAUCACGCACGAGUAUAUAUAGACGUGUGUACGCGUGGACGAAACGCGGGUUCGAUUAAAGGCGUGGAGACGCAGCAACGGAGGAUAGACUGGCAACAAAGGGCCAGAAGCGGAUACAACAUGUCAGAUGAGGAAGACAAACCCCCCGCACCCCCUGUUCGAUUGACAUCAAACAGGGGGGAAUCAACGCCUAAUCUACCGGUGGACAUGCGUCCACUGCCUAAGGAGCCGGAUUCCGACGAGCGCAAGAAGAAAACUCUGAAGAGCAAGAUGAAGGUGAAGGAGAACAAGGACAAGCCCAACAUCAGUUACCCCACGAACUUUGAGCAUACCGUGCACGUUGGGUUUGAUGCUGUGACCGGCGAAUUCACGCUGCCACUGAAAGGUAUGCCGGAGGCGUGGGCGAGAUUACUUAUGUCCAGUAAUAUUAGCAAACAGGAACAGAAGAAAAACCCACAAGCUGUGUUGGACGUACUAAAUUGGUACGAUAGUAGUAGUAAGGAAGCAAAAGGCUCUAAGUACAUGACAACAACUAAAAUGGUUGGAGUUGUCGCUCCGAUCGAAAGGGCGAGUAGUCCACGAAGUAUGGGAAUAAGUAUUGGCACGGGAGUGGGAAAUAUUCGCGGCCAGGCGAUGUCCCAGGCGUCCGGCAGCUCUCACUCUCAACAUUCGUUAAGCAGGGUGAGCAGCAGUAGCCCGAGUAGUACGCCGACGGAUGCGUGUGCGACUAGCUCGGAGCAGGAGGAUGAGCCGCCGCCUCCACCAAUCUCCGCCCGACCGGAACGCACGAAAUCGAUCUACACAAAACCCAUAGAAGAGGAACCACCGCCUCCGCUGACGACCACGUUGGGCUCGCCACAACGAAAUGGCAUGCAGCAACAGCAGAAUCAGUCGCAGUUAGAUAGAAAUAAGAAUCAAGCAACGCCAACAUCAACAACAACCGAUCAAACGCGACCAGCGCAAGGCGAUAAGGCUAGAAAGAAGAAGAUGUCGGAUGACGAGAUAUUAGAGAAGCUUAGAACAAUCGUGAGCGUGGGAGAUCCUAAUAGAAAAUAUACAAAAAUGGAGAAGAUUGGACAAGGUGCCUCGGGGACGGUGUAUACAGCAAUAGAAACGUCCACCGGUAUGGAAGUUGCAAUAAAACAAAUGAAUCUGUCGCAACAGCCAAAGAAAGAGCUUAUAAUAAACGAGAUUCUGGUAAUGCGGGAGAACAAGCAUCCGAACGUUGUAAAUUACUUGGAUAGUUAUUUAGUCGGGGAGGAACUGUGGGUUGUCAUGGAAUAUUUGCCAGGUGGCAGUUUAACGGAUGUUGUGACUGAGACUUGUAUGGACGAGGGUCAGAUCGCCGCGGUGUGCAGGGAAGUGUUACAAGCGCUCGAGUUCCUUCACUGUAAUCAAGUUAUACACAGGGACAUUAAGUCCGACAAUAUUCUGUUGGGUCUUGACGGUGGAGUGAAGUUAACGGAUUUUGGCUUUUGUGCGCAAAUUUCGCCGGAGCAGAGCAAGCGGACGACGAUGGUCGGCACGCCGUAUUGGAUGGCGCCAGAAGUGGUAACGCGAAAGCAAUAUGGACCUAAGGUUGAUAUAUGGUCGUUGGGCAUAAUGGCAAUCGAAAUGAUCGAAGGGGAGCCGCCGUACUUGAACGAAAAUCCGUUACGAGCGUUGUAUUUGAUCGCGACGAACGGCAAACCGGAGAUCAAGGAGAAGGAUAAACUGUCGGGUAUAUUCCAAGACUUCCUGGACCAGUGUUUAGAGGUUGAAGUGGAGAAACGGUCUGCGGCUUCCGAGCUAUUAAAGCAUCCCUUCCUGAAAUUAGCCAGGCCACUUGCUUCGUUAACACCUUUGAUAAUGGCGGCGAAGGAAGCUGCCAAAGGUCAUUAAGAGGCAGUGGCGUUUAGAUUGUAGAUUCGUAAAACGUGACUCCAAGAGUUCGGUUAUACGAGAAAAAAGAAGGAAAUAAUGAAUCACCCUCCCAAAACGGAAACGGCACAAUAAUUCAAUAAUAUAUAAUAAAUAAUGAAUAUAAACGUAUAUAUAUAUAUAUAUAUAUAAAUAAAUAUACAUAUAUAUAUGUAUGCAUACAUAUGUGUAUAUCGUAUGUGAAUAUUAUAUAAUAUGCGACGUGUCAUAUGUACAUAUAUACACAUACGCAUGCAUAUAUCCAUAUACGCAUAUAGGUCAUAUAGAUAGUUAGAUAGAUAGAACUUAUUCGAUACUGUGAUGAUGGAGUAUCGAAGAAACGGUUGCAAAGUUUUUAAAAAAAAGAAAUGCUCGAUUCUCGCACGUUGCGAGCGCGCGAACACAAAGUUAAAUCAGAAAGAGCUAUGAGCGAUCUGACGGCAGAGACCUUGUUUUCCUCGAUAAAGUCCAUAGUUACAAUUGGGUGCGAUGGACUCACAAAGUCUUAGUUUUCAAAUGAAAUAGAAAAAAAAGAAAGAGAAAAUAAAACGUGUAAUGUGCUUUACCAUACAUGCUGUUGCCUGUGACGUUGCUCUUGCCACAAUUAUUCGGAUGGACUGUCAUCGAGGAAACACAAGAUUGUCAGUUAUUUUCUAAAAAUAUAAAACUAGUAUUACUAACUCUAAAAGAAGGAAGAAAAUUCGCAGGAUUGGAGUUAGCGAAAAAGCGCAUAUUAUUUAUAGCGAGAACUUUAUUAGAUAAUACCACAAAGAAAUGUGAACAAGUAUACAUAGGACCUAUUCUAAUAUAUUAUUAUUGUUUUAUGAGUGAUCACAGAGGGAGAAAGAGAGAAUUGGUCUUCGUGUCAGACUUGUAUUUUUAAACGGGAGUUGCGAUGAAGCAGAGCAAUAUGUUUUCAGUGUGCUUUGUCUGAUUAGUGCGACGAUAGAUGUAUAAGUGGUAGCCUAAUUUGUUUUAAACUUUCUUUUUAAGAAUCACGUUCCAAUCACAUGAACAUUUGAUUCGUUGUUGAUUCAGGUUUUUCUUAUACUUAAAGAAAAAACUGUUUUAGCAUAUUUCUCGUUUACAAAUAUCGCGAUUUUUACGUUCAUAUUCAAUGUAAAGAAAAUUAGUUCGCUCUAGCCGAUUGCGUAAGAAAUGCAUAUCUUGUUUGAGGCCGCUAAUUUAGAGCUUUAUGAUGAAGAGAUAAAUACUUUCCCUCAUUUAUAUCAUUGGAAAGAAGAGAGAAAAAGACACGUUAAGACAUUGAACUCUUACUACCAUGGUUUACUACUUAGUUGAUAAGAACAUCUUCCCAAGGACAAUGCGCUUGUCUACAUCUCACGUGUGUUCUUCGCUAUAAGUCCAACGUAUAACUGUCUUUAACGUGUCUUAUUAAAAAGGGAGAGAAAAGAAAGAACGGAAGAUCAAUGAAACUGUGUAAAACAAGGUUCAGACGUAGAAGCAUUUUGUGACACUAUAAAGUGCCUGUCUUGUCGUUUAGAGACGUGAAGAAAAAAAAACUCGCGCUAGAUUUCUUAUGAACCACCGUAUAACGAUAUGGAAUAUUUCGUUUUAGCACUGUGAGAGUGGAGGAAGAAACCAAUAAUCGAAUACGCAUACAUGUAAUGGAGUUUAAUUGACGUUUUGUGGUAGGACGAAUUGUGGUUCCGUAUGUAUGGUUGUAUUUGCAUCGAACAUUAUCGAGAUACGUCUUUCCUAAUAUUGUAUUAUACGUCAUCCGAGUAUCAUCGUGUCAUCGAAAAGUGAAUAUAUCGGAAAUAUUUUUAGUUACUUUAGGCGAUAACAUGACUUGUAGAUUUUCGUAUCAUCUUGUUUUUUUUUAUUUUCAUUUUCGUACGUCGUAUACAUUAUUCGACCAGAAAAUAUCCACCGCGCGAAAUUAAAAAUGUAAGAAAAAGAAAAAUGAAAAGAAUGACGACUCCUCGAUUAAAAUAAAAGAUAGAAAAAACGAGCUAAUGCAAGUCAGUCAGCAGAAUGUACAAAUAUUUUAUUAUAAUGUUCUGUUAGUGAACGGAAUAUAAAAUACAUAAAUCUUUUGCUAGCGACAAUUUUAAAUUAAGAUUAGGAUUUAUCGUUAACUUUUUCCCAGGUAUAAAUUUUUUAUAAAUUUUUAUUUUUUAUUAUAUUUUUUACUAUAAUAUCAAUAAAAAUUAUAAAACAGUUUAACUAAAGUCAUCUUUAAUCACAAAAUAGGCAACGGUUGCAAAUUGGGCUUUUAUUUGCAAUCCAAAGAAACAUCACAAUGAUUUAGGUAGUCAUAUACUCUGAGAUUUAUAUUUUCGAUUCUCGUUUCCAUCAUUAUAGUGUAAAAUUUGUUUCGUACAUUCCAAGAUUUGCGAAUUGAUUUGUAUUAGUUUGUCCGUUUUAUCUUAAAUGUAAGAAUUCAGGAUGUUGGAAUUGUACGAGUGAGCUAUUCAUGCAUGACAGGAAAGAGAGAUAUGUCGAGACUGACAAUGAGAUAAGAAACAUCUGGAUGAAUAUUUCCCGUUCUGUUCCGCAUAAUUGACGAUAUCGACAUUAUUUUUUUUUUUUCUUUUGAGAGUUCGCGAGAGACAUACACUCUCUCGACUUUCCAGUUUUCGCGCGGUGGAUAGGCAGCUCGGUCGACGGAGUUUUUUGUUAUACAUAUAUGUAUAGGACUCAUAUAUAAAUUAAUAUUAACUCAAACCUUGUGAGAAUAUAAAUAUGAUAGUUAUAAAUCGAGAAAUUAACGAUACAACUUAUAUUGCGUACGAAACAAGAAGAAGAAAAGAAGGAAACCCGUAUAUUGUUUGAUAACGAGAAAUCGUAUGAUAAGGCAUAUUUAAUAUUCGACGAGUUUUUAUUAUUUUCUUUUCCUUCUUUUUUUCGUAGUAUCAUCUUUUGAAAAAAGCCUGAUUAGAUUUUUAUAAUGUACUGACUGUACUUGAUCGAGAUAGGGAGAAGAAGCAGCUCAGUUUGUAUCAACGCUCACGACCGAAUUUAGGGCUAGCGUACUGAAGGAACUUAAUGCGACGUAUCUUUAAAAGAAUCAGGGACUAUGAAAUAGAGUAUACAAAUUAAAUUCGUGACUAUUUCAGUAUUCCGCGAACGUGUGUUGCAUACGCUCUCAGCAUUAAUUUCCGCUUUAGCGUGUCCGUCUCUAAAGUCGGUCGGAUCGUGACAAGUUAAGAGACAAAAAAUAACGUGCGCACGUCGUAGUAUUAACUAAAAAGAAAUGUAUGAGUGUGUAAAAAAAAAAUAACGGUGCGAUUCAGGGUUAAAGUUGACG